AUGUCGUCCGCGUCACAAAGAAAUUCUCCCAAUCCCCCCGACACCUCAUCCUCCACGCCCACCCAAAAUACAUCCUACCAAUCCGCCGCCUCCUACUUUUCCUACCCAGUCAGCCACGUCGUCUCGGGCCUCUACAGACGUAUAACAGACCCGGACAUAACAAAAGAUAUGCCCUCCGUCAUGCCAUGGUCGAGAUCCUCCUCUUCGACUGAAGUCUUCACGCCCCGCCGAACAGCAUCCCCCUUCCAACCACCACCACUUACACCCCUCACUCUCGAAAUUCCAAGAGGCGCAGACCUCCUUCAACAACAACUCCUCACCCGUGCUUUGGCCGAGGAAAUCCGCCUCCUCGUCCCACCCCGUCUCCAACUCGCUGAAACAUGGCGUUUAGCAUACAGUCUCGACCGCGACGGCGCCUCCCUGUCAACACUUUACGAGAAUUGCGCCCAAUUUUCCCAUCGUAGCCCGCGGGCGGGCUACGUCCUCGUUAUUCACGACGCUUCCCCCUCAAGGUCUGUAUUUGGUGCCUACAUGACCGAUGCCCCGCACCCCGAUUCCCAAUUCUUCGGGACGGGCGAGUGCUUCCUCUGGCGAUCAAGCGUGCUCCCGCCUCCCGCAAGCUUUCCCUUUGCGCUACCAGGCGACGGGCCCCAGUCCGAAGAAGCUCUUGAACGCGCCGGUCUCCCGCCUCCGCCUUCUGCCGAUACAACCACCGCUGCUCGCUGGAGCACCUUGCGCAAUGAUACGGCAAAAUCGAAACCCAGUGUCGAAUCACCCUCUCACAACCUCAAUAUGAAUAUCAAAACCAAUCUUGCGGCUGCUAGUGGUGGUGUUCUGUCCCCGCCGUCUCCGUCAUCCAUUCACACCCCUUCGCGGAGUGGUGCGAGCACGCCUGAACGAAUUCGUUUCAAGGCUUUCCCAUAUAGCGGUGUUAAUGAUUACAUGAUGUUCUGUGAAACUGGGUUUUUGAGUUUAGGAGGCGGUGACGGUCAUUACGGAUUGUGGGUUGAUAAUGGCCUCGAAAAGGGAGUCAGUGCAUCUUGCCAAACAUUUGGCAAUGAGCCUCUCUCUGAUGAAGGCAUCAAGUUCGAUAUUCUUGGGGUCGAGGUGUGGUAUGUCGGUUCGUGA